AUGGAGGGAAUUAAAGCUACCUUCGCCAAGUGCAAGGAGCAGCGCCGGUCUGCUCUUGUGGCCUACAUCACCGCUGGAUACCCAACUGUCGAAGAGGCUGUUGACAUUCUUCUUGGUUUGGAGAAUGGAGGUGCUGAUAUCAUUGAGCUUGGUAUCCCUUUCACUGAUCCCAUUGCCGACGGCCCUACUAUCCAGACCGCCAACACCAAGGCUCUUCAAAAUGGUGUGACUGUUACAACCGUUCUUGGCUUUGUCCGCGAGGCCCGCAGCCGUGGUCUUAAGACCCCCAUCAUGUUGAUGGGUUACUACAACCCCGUUCUCCGCUACGGCGAUGAGCGUAUGCUCAAGGACUGCAAGGAGGCCGGAGUCAAUGGCUUCAUUAUGGUCGAUCUGCCCCCAGAGGAGGCUGUCCGCUUCCGCGACCUGUGCGCCAGCACUGGCCUCUCCUACGUUCCUCUCAUUGCUCCCGCCACCUCCGAUGAGCGUAUGAAGCUCCUUUGCAAGAUUGCGGACUCCUUCAUUUACGUCGUGUCCCGCAUGGGUGUCACCGGAGCUACUGGCCAAUUGAGCGCCAACAUUCCCGAUCUUUUGCGUCGUGUCCACGAAUACUCUGGUAACGUUCCUGCUGCUCUUGGAUUCGGAGUCAGCACUCGCCAGCACUUCCUUGAUGUCCAGGAAGUCGCCGAAGGUGUCGUCAUCGGUAGUCAGAUCAUCACUACUGUCGGCAAGGCUGCCCCUGGCCAGGCCGCAAAGGCUGCUGAGGAAUACCUUUCCAACAUUACCGGCCGCAAGCUGCAGCGCGAUGCCCAAGGUAACAUUACCGGAGAGAUCAACCUCGUCGAGCCUGUCCACAAGGAGCUUGUCAACGCUGAGACCCAGCCUUCCAAGAUCAUUACUGAGGCCGAGACCCCUGCUGGCCCUGGCUUGGGUGACCAGUUGGUCGCCUUGAACGUUACUAAGGAGUCCUGGGCUCUUCCCUCGCGCUUCGGUGAGUUCGGUGGACAGUAUGUUCCCGAGUCUCUGAUGGACUGCCUUGCUCAGCUUGAGCAAGGUUUCAACACGGCUCUCAACGACCCCUCGUUCUGGGAGGAGUUCCGCUCAUACUACCCCUACAUGAGCCGACCCAGCAGCCUCCACCUUGCUGACCGCCUGACCGAGCACGUUGGCGGUGCUAACAUUUGGUUGAAGCGCGAGGAUCUCAACCACACCGGAAGUCACAAGAUCAACAAUGCAAUUGGUCAGAUUCUGAUCGCUAAGCGUCUGGGUAAGACUCGCAUUAUUGCCGAGACCGGCGCUGGUCAACACGGUGUGGCUACUGCUACCGUCUGUGCCAAGUUCAACAUGAAGUGUACGGUCUACAUGGGUGCUGAGGAUGUGCGCCGCCAGGCCCUUAACGUCUUCCGCAUGAAGCUUCUCGGUGCUGAGGUUGUUGCUGUCGAUGCUGGCAGCCGCACUCUCCGUGAUGCCGUCAACGAAGCUCUCCGCGCCUGGGUCGUCGAGCUUGACACCACUCACUACAUUAUCGGUUCCGCUAUUGGCCCCCACCCAUUCCCUCUUAUCGUCCGUACUUUCCAGUCCGUCAUCGGUGACGAGACCAAGAAGCAGCUGCAGGAGGCCAUCGGAAAGCUUCCCGAUGCCGUCGUUGCUUGCGUUGGUGGUGGUUCCAAUGCCGUCGGCAUGUUCUACCCCUUCUCCAAGGACCCCAGCGUCAAGCUGGUCGGUGUUGAGGCUGGUGGUGACGGUGUUGAUACUGCUCGCCACUCUGCCACCCUUUCCGGUGGCUCCAAGGGUGUCCUGCACGGUGUCCGAACCUACGUCCUCCAGAACGAGCACGGUCAGAUUGCCGAGACUCACUCGAUUUCUGCCGGUCUCGACUACCCCGGUGUCGGCCCCGAGCUGAGCGCCUGGAAGGAUUCUGACCGCGCUACUUUCAUCUCUGCCGAUGAUGCCCAGGCUCUGCACGGAUUCCGCACCCUCUCUCAGACCGAGGGUAUCAUUCCCGCUCUCGAGUCUUCCCACGCCGUCUGGGGUGCUAUGGAGCUGGCUAAGACUAUGGAGAAGGGACAGAACAUCGUUCUGAACCUGAGUGGUCGGGGUGACAAGGACGUACAGAGCGUGGCUGACGAACUUCCCCGUCUUGGCCCCAAGAUUGGCUGGGAUCUCCGCUUCUAA